CGGCGGCGGCGCGCGCACGGAGCCGCGGCGGCGGCGGCGGCGCAGCGGGGCCGCCGCGGGGCUCGGCCGGGACCGCGCAUGGCGGAGCGGCGGCGGCGGCGGGGCCCGGGCUGCGGCGCGGACGGAGCUUGCAGAAUCAGCAUGUCUCUCCAAUAGUUAAAAAGACAGAAGCCGUCUCUGCCAGCCAAGGAACCAGCAAAGAGAUUUCACAAUGGAUGUAGACGAUGAGGAAAACAUGAGUUCGAGCAGCACCGACAUCAAAGAAAACCGCAACGUGGACAACGUUCCCGCCAAGGACAGCGCCGGGCAGGGCCCCGGCGAGGGGACCCCGCUCUCCAACGGCGGCGGCAGCAGCAGGAAGAGACCUCUGGAGGAGGGCAACAACGGCCACUCCAAAUUUCGCCCCAAGAAGAGGAAGAAAACGCCCGGCCCCGUCCUGCCAAAGAACGCGCUGAUGCAGCUCAACGAGAUCAAACCCGGCCUGCAGUACAAGCUGCUCUCGCAGACGGGGCCGGUGCACGCCCCCAUGUUUGUGAUGGCCGUGGAGGUCAACGGGCAGGUGUUCGAGGGCUCCGGCCCCACAAAGAAGAAGGCCAAGCUGCACGCCGCCGAGAAGGCCCUGCGCUCCUUCGUGCAGUUCCCCAACGCCUCGGAGGCCCACCUGGCCAUGGGCAGGACUCUGUCGGUCAACACGGACUUCACGUCCGACCAGGCCGAUUUCCCCGACACGCUCUUCAACGGCUUCGAGACGCCCGUGCCUGCCGACGCUCCCUUCUACCUGGGCUCCAACGGCGACGGCUCCUUCGGCUCCGGCGCCGACUACGGGCUGCCCUCGUGUGCCCUGGGCAGCGGCCUCUGCCAGUCCCCCCUGCCCCCGGCCUCCCCCUACCCCGCGGCCAGCGGGAAGAACCCCGUCAUGAUCCUCAACGAGCUGCGCCCCGGGCUCAAGUACGAGUUCCUCUCGGAGAGCGGGGAGAGCCACGCCAAGAACUUUGUCAUGGCCGUGGCCGUGGACGGGCAGACUUUCGAAGGCUCGGGGAGGAACAAAAAGCUGGCCAAAGCUCGGGCUGCUCAGUCAGCCCUGGCUUCCCUGUUCAACAUGCAGCUGGACCAGACUCCCUCUCGCCAGCCCAUUCCCAGCGAGGGGCUCCAGUUACACUUGCCACAGGUGUUGGCUGAUGCUGUUGCACGCUUGGUUGUAGAUAAAUUCAGUGAUUUGACAGAAAAUUUCUCAUCUCCACAUGCACGUCGAAAAGUCCUUGCUGGAAUUGUCAUGACAACAGGUACAGAUGUGAAAGAUGCCCUGGUAAUCAGUGUUUCUACAGGAACCAAGUGCAUCAAUGGGGAGUACAUGAGUGAUCGUGGUCUUGCACUGAAUGACUGCCAUGCAGAAAUCAUAGCUCGACGGUGUCUGCUGAAAUUCCUCUACACACAGCUGGAGCUUUACCUAAGCAAUAAAGAAGAUCAGCAAAAAUCCAUUUUCAUCAGGUCAGAGCAAGGCGGGUUUAAGCUGAAGGAGAAUGUGCAGUUCCAUCUCUACAUCAGCACAUCUCCUUGUGGUGAUGCUCGGAUUUUCUCACCCCAUGAAGCAGCACAGGAGGACCAGGGGGACAGACACCCCAACCGCAAAGCCCGGGGGCAGCUGCGCACCAAGAUCGAGUCUGGGGAAGGAACCAUCCCUGUGCGCUCCACCAGCACCAUCCAGACCUGGGACGGGGUCCUGCAGGGGGAGAGGCUGCUGACCAUGUCCUGCAGUGACAAGAUAGCCAGGUAUCAGCAACGCCGAGGCCCGCCAGCCCGGGAAGGCCCCAAACUUCAGCGUGAACUGGACAGUGGGGGACUCUGGCCUGGAGGUCAUCAAUGCCACCACGGGCAAGGACGAGCUGGGGCGCGCCUCGCGCCUCUGCAAGCACGCCUUCUACAGCCGCUGGCUGCGCAUCCACGGCAAGCUUUCCUCCAGCCUGCGCUCCAAGAUCCUCAAGCCCCACCUGUACCACGACACCAAGCAAGGAGCCACGGAGUACCAGACUGCCAAGGAGUGUUUGUUCAAAGCCUUCCUGAAGGCAGGACUGGGAGCCUGGGUGGAGAAGCCCAUAGAGCAGGAUCAGUUUUCUCUCACAGCCUGACUGACCAGCUGCACACUGCUUGGGAAGGGGAGCUGUGCUGCAGAUUCCCGGGGUCCAGCGCUGCUUCCUGGCAUCUCCACAGCUGUCAAAAACAUCUUUGGAGUUGGGUUCCUUUGGGUUUGCUUUGAAACUUCACAGUAGCUGUUUCUGUUUUGCCUAAGUAUCGAAACUCAAUGAUGAUGCAACACAUAAUUGUAUAUUUUGUUAUAGGAAAGUAAUUUCUGGUGUAUUUCUAGAAAUACUUUUAUUGUAGAAAACUUGCAGUAAGGCUGUCCUUACUGUGUACAAUGACUCAUUUUUUCUGGGUUAAAAUAAUUUCUUUUUUAAUUCAACGUCAUCAAGUGCAUGAAAAAAUUAAUAGUUUCUCUAGGUUUUACACCACACUCUUAGGAAGUAGCUUAAUUUUUAAAAAAGAAGAUAGGUGACAAAGCUGAUUCUACUCCUCUGUUAACUUGUUUUUCAACUGCAGAUAUUUUUAGUACAUAGACCACAGAGGUGGAAUGGAGUCUGGACAGCUAGUUUUUUUUCCCAAUUCCUUGCUCUCUAAAACCAGCUGCUGAAAAUUUCAUGUCUUUGAUGUAUGUAUUUAUUAGUCUGUGAGCCAGUUUUUAACAUGCAGCUUUUUAUUCUGUUUUUAAAAAUACAUUUACCUCCCAUUUA